UCAGUUGUCAGGCCCUAUUCAUUUAUCUGCCAAGAGGCCCUUCAUCCCUCAAGACUGGUGUAUGCCAGGUUGCUGCAAGUACAAAGUCAGAAGGAUUGUAAAGCAUGUUACUUGGUAUUGGCCUCAGAUUGGAUGCUGUCUAAACCUCUGAAGACAUCACUUGACUUAUCUUAAGAAAUAUACAGCCAUGCUGGAGGCUGUGGAGGGAAAUCGCCAGUUCCUGGACAAUUUCUUCAGUGAUGACGGCGACAAAUGCUUUGGAGCAAUUGAACGUCUGCGGAACCUGGUGAUCGGCAGCAACCGCACCAAGACGCACGUGGUGGAGUGCGGCAUGGUGCCGCACCUGCUGCGGAGAGUGGCCGACCCGACGGUUGGCACCAGGGUCCAGGUGGAGAUCCUUGUGACGCUCGGCUCUCUGGCCAAGGGCACCCGGGAGCACGCGCUCGCCUUGGUGGACGCCAACAUCCUGCCGCUGCUGGUCGAGGGUUUGCGCAGCGCGGCGCCCGAGCUGCGCACGCCGCUGCUGCGCUGCCUGCGCUCGCUGCUGCUGCAGCUGCCGGAGCGCGCCGACGAGCUGUGCCGCGACCCGGCGGCCGUGCCGCUCCUGACGCAGAGCGUCACUGGCGCCGUGGUCGACGACGAGUGUGCCACCACCAUACUGGCCAUACUCUGCCAGAGCAGCCGCCACCAGGAGCUGCUGGCGGCCAACGGCGUGGUGGAGGUGUCGGCGGCGCUGCUGGCCUCUGGCACGGCCUGUCUCCGGCUGCCCAGCCUCCGUCUGCUCGCCUCGCUCUGCUACCGAAGCCCGGCCAUCUCGGACCGGCUCGCCCACUGCACGCUGAGCGGGCGGACGGUGCCGGACCUGCUGACGGUGCUGACGUCCCGAGACCAGCCGAGCGCCGUCCAGCUGGAGGCGGCCCGCUGCCUCAGCUACAUGCACCGGGCUGGCGCCGGCGCGCUGCCCGCCACCGACCCGCGGCUCGUCUACCGCGCGCUGCCGUGUCUGGUGCGCAUGUGCGGCCCCUUCCAGCCGCUGGAGGACCGCGUGCUCGCCGCCGACACGCUCGGCUACCUCACCGAGGUCGAUCUCGACCUGCAGCGGAUCUGCUCUAUCACUGAUCACGUGACCACCACCAUGCGGGAGUACCUGCGCUACCAGCCGACCACCUCGCACCCAAAGACCUGCUCCCACCAGCGGCGCAUGGCCGUCGAGAUGAAGAAGGCCGCCUUCAGGGUGUACGCCUCGCUGGGCUCCAACGACGAGGAGAUCCGCAAGCGGAUCAUCGAGACGCCGGGCCUGAUGGCCGACCUGCUGGCGGCGCUAGAGGACGGCGGCGAGAGCCUGCAGCUGGCCGCGCUCCGCUGCCUGCUAUCGCUCUCGCGCUCCGUGCAGACGCUGCGCACCGCCCUGCAGGACCAUGUGGUGUGGGAGCAGGUGAUGAACCUGGCCAGGCACAAAAAGUCGAGCCCCGACGUGCGGGUGGCCGCCUCCUCCACGCUGUGCAACCUGCUGCUGGAGUUCUCGCCGUCCAAGGAGCCGCUGGUGCAGCACGGCGGCGUUGACCUGCUCUGCGAGCUGACCAGGAGCGACGAUCCGGCCAUCCGGCUCAACGGUAUCUGGGCGCUGAUGAACAUGGCGUACCAGGCAGACCACAAGAUCAAGCGGCUGAUCCUGCGCCGGCUAGGCACCAACGAGCUGUUCCGGCUGCUGUCCGACCCGAGCACGGCCAUCCUGAUGAAGACGCUCGGCCUGCUGCGCAACCUUCUGACCAAGCCGCACGUCGACCAGUUCAUGGACGACAGCCACGGCCCGCAGGUCAUGCAGGCGAUCGUGUUGACCUUGGAGAGCGACCACCCGGCCGAGGUCAAGGAGCAGGCCAUCUGUAUCUUGGCCAAUAUCGCCGACGGAUCUAAGUCCAAGGAGUUCAUCAUGGGCAACGAGGACGUGCUAAAGAAGCUGAUGAACUACAUGAUGCACUCGAGCGUUCGGCUGCGGGUGGCGGCCGUGUUCGCCGUCAACAACCUGGUGUGGCGCUGCGACGACGGCUCGCGCGAGCGGCAGGCCCGCCUGCGCCGCAUGGGCGUCUACAAGCUGCUGCAGCAGCUGCAGCACACGGAGGAUGCUGCGCUCUACGAGAGGGUGAAGAGUGUGCUGCAGCAGUUCAAUUAGACCGACAGCUAGCCUGACGACGUGCUAGCAGAACCGGGUGACGAGCUAGCGGAGCCAGACGACAAGCUAGCGGAGCCAGACGACGUGCUAGCGAGGCCUGGUUCCGCCUCGGCGUCGAGAACCUUGUGCUAGAUCACCGAGGGCCGGCAAGGCUCAGCCAGCCCUCAAUAGUCAUGCCCCGAUGGCAGGAGCAACAGCGAGGCAGCCAUAGGCGUGCUGCGCUCUGCCUCCGGCGCGCUUGGUUGUGUCCUUGGUUGCACAUCUGUCUUCCGUCGGGCCAAGGUAGCACGUCGGCACGGCUGUUGCGAUAAACGAAUGAUAUUUUUGAAGGGGGACUGUUGAACGCUGUUUGCCGCGCAGCUGAAACCUGAUGCAGUCCAUCGAUGUACUUAGAAAGUGCAUUGGUCGUGACGUCAUGUGCGCUUUCUCUCGUACGAGACACAAGAUGUUAGCAGUUCGAGUCCGUUAGGUUCGUGGUGGUGUGCCAUUGGCGACGCUUGUAAUAAUAGCACGCUAGCUAUCACGAGCAAAGCGGCCUCAGAUCAAAGUCCAUGCUUGUGUGACUGACGGCGUUGCGGUGUUCCUGCCAGGAUGAUAUGAAAUCAAAGAUUCAGUGCGCUUUAUUUUCUACUAUAAUUUUGUUUGCGCUCAUUUUGUAACCCAUUUAGUGGAAAGGUACGGACAAGAAAGGUCGUCUCGGACGUUUCCGCUUGGCUUCUGCGCAGCUUUUGAGCUAUUUCUAAGGCGAAAUACUUUAUAUAUCUGGGAGCUGGGGCGUGUAUUCGCUGAGCCGUGCUGGCCGCAGCGUCUUCCGGUUUGUUCGUCUCCCGCAACUAACUCUCAUUUUGUCUGUGUCUCCGCGGCUCUCUACGAGCCCGGAUAAUUCGGUGGACAGGUAUGUGCAACUAGUAAAACUAUGUUUCACAUUUCGCCGGCAACGGAAAAAUGGAACACGCGACACGCCGCCGCGUUUAUUUGUACGUCUCGCGUGUACAACAGUCCUCGGAGCCAUGACACACACGUGCUGCUGUCUAGACAGUUAUCCGUGUUUUGUAUGUAAAUAUACCACUGCGAGCACGACGUGCGUUAUCGCCGCACCAACAGAAGGGAGAAGCAGUGGAUGGCCAGAGGCGGCUGAACGCUUGCCGACUGAAGCAAGCAGCGCCCCCUUCCAUUGACGUCUCCGCCAGAGCAGCAGCGCUGAUGACGCCGGCCAGUCUGUUAGUCAUCACGCUGCCCACAUUGGCGUGCUCAUGUCACUGGCGCCUGUGAGGCGCACGUGCCAGUGCUGCCCCUCCGUGCUCUCCGAUAGCAACGCUCUCGGCCGGUCCCGUCCGCCCGCCGUCCCGCCCAUCCGCUCCCGAAGGGGAGGGAAUUGGACGCUGGCGCCGGCCGCGCUUGUGCGCCCCGCCUCAGACGAUGUGCUCACCGCAACAACGCGACGGUCACGUCCCAGCGCUGCCGGACGGCGGCGGGGGGACGCCUGCGCGGAGGACCAUCGCGAACGACUGGAUGAUCCCUGGCGCUUAACACCAACUGACGCCUUCGACCACGUUUGGCCACAUUUCCAAUGAUCUGCGGCCUUCCGCCCAGUGAGUGUGCGCUCCCCGGGUAAGCCAGCACCGGCACUCGCCGGGACACGGUUGACGGACGUGUGUUAAGGGCUCAACAACACGGCCUGCUGUCCUCAUCGACGCUCCAGCGGGUCACCGGGAAGUCCAUACAGCAUCUCGUCGCCCGUCUCCUCCAUCACAUUCAGGUCGGUAAUAUC